GUACAAGAAACACUGAGAGAGUUCAGUCUGGUGGAGGUAGAGCUGUGAGGUGGACGUCAACGGCAUCAUGGCAGCGUUUUCAGAAGACCAGAUUAUAGAAUUCCAGGAAGCUUUCUGCAUCUUUGACCAGAAAGGUGAUGGCAAAAUCCAAGUGUCACAGAUUGGAGAGGUGUUGAGAGCCCUUGGCCAGAACCCAACGGAAUCUGAUGUAAAGAAACUUUCUCAUCAGCACCGGCCAGAGGAAAGAAUCAGCUUUGAGGUGUUCCUGCCCAUUAUGCAGACUAUCUCCCGCCAGCGUCCAGUCGACACAGCGGAUGACUUCAUUGAGGGUCUUCGCCACUUUGAUAAGGAUGGAAACGGCUACAUUUCAUCUGCUGAACUCCGCCACCUGAUGACUCACCUUGGUGAAAAAUUGACAGACGAAGAGGUUGAGCAGUUGCUAGCUGGCCAGGAGGACUCACAAGGCAACGUCAACUACGAGGAAUUUGUUCGCCUUGUGCUAAAUGCCUAAGUUGUUUCAAAGCGUUGGAAUUAAGGAUGCAGUCAAUAUUUAUAUAUCUUAAUAAUGCUGGAUGCCUAGACAUGGUUACAUUCCUAUUAAUGUUGAACAUGAUCUGGUUAUAGAGGUUUCUGAGUGCUUCCGGUGACAUUCAGUAUACAAAUUUCAAAGCAUUUUCUUAUAUUUAUGUUAACCAUAAAUAUAUUUUCUUUUGUGUUUAUUUCAAAUUUCAAGUAGUUGAAUUGUGUGAUUGUUUAGUUGUUUCCCUAGUUCUUUAUGAUGGCCACUACUGUACUGUACUAGGACACAACUUCCAGUUGUUAGAAACCUUGUGUUAAUUUUUGUACUUAAGAAAAUCUUUUAAAGAAAAGCUUUGCAUACUAACCUUAAAUAGGUAUUAUAGCUUUGAGUUUUUUGAUAAAAAAAGCUAUUGGUGUUUAUGAAACACCUCUGAAAAUCAAGCAAAUCAAAAAUUCUGUUUUUGUAGCAACGACAUGAACUGUUCAGAGGUGACCUGUGCCUAAGAGAAUUGUUAAAUCUAUUAAAUUUUGUAUAAUUACA